UCGUCCACAUCUGGAGCCGUGAUAAUAUUAGGGAUACCCCUUUAACUUGAUGAUUUACUUUGAAAGGAGGCUACCUUUUUAGAUUUGGGUGGUUCUGAAAUAGCUGAAAUGCAUCAGAGUGUUUUCUCGCAAAUAGCGUAAGUGUGAUCUUGAUAGCCUAGUUGGCGUUUUCCUUGGACUGUCUAGUCUACUUUACCAUGCGUAAACAGAACAGCGUUACGUUUAGGGAUUUGAUUAAUCCACAUAGGAUAGAACUAUUACACUUUUUAUAAUUCGAUUAUUUAAGAGACGGCAAUGCAUGGUUUAAUCCGAAAGUAUUAUCUGGGGAUGGGGGGGGGGGGCAGCCUUAACGAAACUAUAAUGUAUAUUUCGCCAUAGCAAUUCUGAUAUCAAAACAGUUAAUUAUAUAUUUUAAGUGAAAAUAUAUUAGUUAUUAGCACACGUGUUCUGCGAAAUUUUUAUAUUAUUCAGUUGUUAUUCACUUGAUCGAGGACCUGAAAGACCAUGCGUUUUGUUAGUUAUGUUAAUAAACGUCAGUCACUUGUUAAUAGGCUAAAUAUUUUCCGUAUGAUUUUGUCCCCUUAUCAAUUAACAUUUGGAAGGCGUUCUUGGGAAGGAAAGUUUGGGAUAUGGCAUAAAGGCUCACAGCCCCAUACUGAAGUGUUUAAGUUAGUCUGAAGGGAAAUUUAAAAGACCUAAAAAUACAGCGCUCAAGCCCUGGGUUCUUCUCCACAAAGAAUCAUUUGAACUUCCCACCGCAGAACGAGAGCGACAUAAAUAGUUCUGACAUGUGGAUGUAAUUUCAGAAGAAAAAAAAAACAAAAAAAAAAACAGGCAGAUGCAGCGAAAUAAAGUGAGUGGGCUCAUUUUGAACGAGUUGUAGAUUUAAAAAGUGGGAGGGAAAGCUAUGAGAUAGUUAUGAUUUUACAAGCCACUGACAAGACCAUAUGAGAGGACAUACGUAAUGAAAAGCACUCGUUUCUUUAAGACAUUAGAAAGUAGACUAAAUCGUUUAAACUGAAUCAAUCAACAUCUAUUAAAAAAAAUCCCCUGAAACGAUUUUGGAGAUUCGGCAUAGCGGGACUUGUCUCAGGGAUGGGAGCCAGUCUAGUGUUCCACAGUUUGGGGUUUCUUCUCUUCAGCUCGGUCAUAAAUAACGUCUUUCUGAUGGAUAGCAUUCCCCUUCCCGUGGUGUUGGGAGGGGCUUCAAUGAGAAGAGGAUGCAUCAACACCCUGGGAAUAUGUUUUUGGUGCACCUAUUUGUGAUGAUUAAGUGCAUCAUCUUCAUGCUUGAUAAGGUGGAGGCAGAUGAUGUGCUCACCAAAGAAGAACAGAUUGGCCUCAUGUUCAGAGCCAAACACUUGUGUGAGAUAGCCAUCAAGAACAAACACAAGCCUAGUGAUGGUUACUGCUCCCCAGAGUGGGAUGGCCUUGUUUGUUGGCCUGAGGGAUCUCCUGGGAAGCUGGUGUCCACUGCCUGUCCAGAGUACAUCUAUGACUUCAACCAUAGGGGACGAGCCUAUCGUCGUUGUGACGUCAAUGGAUCGUGGGAACUGACCACCAACAAAACAUGGGCCAACUACAGCGAGUGUGCAGAAUUCCUGUCAGCCUAUAACCCAAACAAUGACAAGUCUCAACAGGAAGUAUUUCACCGUCUGUACCUUAUCUACACAGUGGGCUACUCCAUCUCUCUGGGGUCACUGAUGGUGGCUGUGGUCAUACUGGGUUAUUUCCGGCGGUUGCAUUGCACCAGGAACUACAUCCAUAUGCACCUGUUUGUGUCCUUCAUGCUACGAGGCAUCAGCAUCUUUGUAAAGGAUGUGGUGCUAUACUCUGGCUCUGCCCUGGAGGACAUGGAAAAAGUCAGUGUGGAAGAUCUUAAAUCCAUCACCGAGGCUCCUCCAGCUAACAAAACACAGUUUGUUGGUUGCAAGGUGGCAGUAACCUUGUUCCUGUAUUUACUGGCCACCAACUACUACUGGAUUCUGGUAGAGGGUCUGUACCUCCACAGCCUCAUCUUCAUGACCUUCUUCUCAGACAGGAAGUACCUCUGGGGAUUCACUUUGAUUGGAUGGGGGGUCCCAGCUAUGUUUGUGACAGCGUGGGCGAUUGUGAGAGCUACCUUGGCAGACACAGAGUGUUGGGACCUAAGCGCAGGCAAUCUGAAGUGGAUCUAUCAAGUGCCAAUUCUAACAGCAAUAUUGGUGAAUUUUAUGCUGUUCCUGAAUAUAAUCCGAGUUCUGGCCACUAAACUUCGAGAAACAAAUGCUGGCAGAUGUGACACAAGACAGCAGUACAGAAAACUGUUGAAGUCUACACUGGUCCUGAUGCCACUGUUUGGCGUUCACUACAUAGUGUUUAUGGCCAUGCCUUAUACUGAGGUGACUGGAGUCCCAUGGCAGAUACAGAUGCACUAUGAGAUGCUUUUCAAUUCAUUCCAGGGAUUCUUUGUGGCAAUUAUAUAUUGUUUCUGCAAUGGCGAGGUCCAAGCAGAAAUAAAGAAAUCCUGGAGCAGGAGGACACUAGCGCUGGACUUUAAACGUAAAGCCCGUAGUGGCAGUAACACGUAUAGUUAUGGACCUAUGGUGUCUCACACCAGUGUAACUAAUGUCACUGCACGGGGGCCGCUGGCCCCCCAUCUCACCACACGCCUUGGGGCCCCCAUCACAGUCAACGGGCACCGGAACCUGCCAGGGUAUGUGAAGAACGGUUCCGUUUCCGAGCACUCUGUUCCUUCUUCUGGACAGGAGUUACACAUUCCAGAGGAGGAGCAGCCACCCAUAAACCCACCACCACCAUCUUUGGAGGAGAAACCCUCGCCUCUGGUAGAGGAAGAGCGGGAAACCGUUAUGUGACAAUCAUGUCAUGUGACCUUCAUGCAGCCAAUAGUCUCCACUCUGCAGGAAUGGAACACAGAACCGACCAGUCAAUAUUCUCAGGAUGUUAUGCAGUAGAAGGAUGGCUGCCUUUUGUUAACACUGACAGUUUUCUCCUGUGAAUCGAGCCAGGAUUGUAUUGGGGGAUAAGGACUGGAGAACAAAAGCUCAAGAUUAAAAGGGAACCUCAUUUUUUGGGGUGAUCCACCAACAUGUUGUACUGUAGCAAAUACCAGUGCUCUUUCUGAAGACUAUUUCCACCCGCCACAUGGACAAGCAGACUCAUAUUUGUUUACUAUUAUUUUAACUUCAAUGAGUUGAAGCAGGUACCUUUUAUUGAUGAAAACCAACUUGUAGCUUCUAUGUAACCUUUUUCACAUUCUAAAACUAUGAUGAAACUGAAUGGUUUGAGGGUAGACAAUAGGCUACUGUGUCUGAUUGAAACUUACAGCAUUAGUGGUCACAGGUCCUGUAUUUGAAGGUACUCAUUCUCUCAGGAGCAUGUUGGCUUUUGUUAGUGUAGCGAAUGGCUAAGGGCUAGAUUCAAACUGUAUUGCUGAAGCACUAUGGUUUGCGCAUUAUAAGGGUAAGGCUUUGAUUGAGCCAAAGUUUUGGUCCAGUAUUGGGGAAACAGAUUAAUCCUAGUUCUGGAUUGAUAGAUCAAGAAAUAGAUCAGUGGAAUCUCCAUUGAACUUGAUUUUCAAGUCCUGGGGUAGGUUUAAAAUGUUUCCCCAAAACCUGCCCUUGCAGUGGUUACUGUGAAUGCAGUCUAUGCUAACACAGGAAUAUUGUCUUUACAUUUCAAUCAUGCUGUACCACUCAUGCGCUUUGGAUUGAAUCCAGCCCUAACUAAGCAUACAGCUUACUAGCUCACAUCUGCUACUCCUGGUGAUAUGUUCUAGAUUUCUCCGCAUUUCAUUUGGUUUGGAAUAUGGAUGUAAAUUCAGAUAACCUAAUACGCUUUGAUGUAACAGGUAAUAAAACUCAGGUACUGCUAAUCUGUAGUUUCUAGUUCUGAUUUAUAGAGAAAGGCCCAUAGGAAGAUUUUCCCCCAUAAUUAUAAACUAUUUGUACAGUUUAUUUUUUUGUUAUUUAAUAGACUUUCCUAACAAUCAUAUUUAAAAGAGACUAUGCUAAUAUUCAUAUUAUAUUGUCUAUGGUGUGUUUCCAUGAUGUGUAGAUUAUGACAUUAUUCAAUUAGAAUAUUAUGUUCCAUAAUAAUGCCAACAAAGUAACUGAAAAAUACUUUACGUUUUGGGAGCAAUGGAAAAACAGCUUUUUCAUAAUUGAAGCAAACUACUUAAACUUUCAGAAGGAGGCCCCCUUUCCAAAACUCAGGGUGCCGGAAAGUAACAUUUUUCUCAAUGGAAUGUUAAUUAAGGAGGAAUUCCAAGGCAUUCUCAAAUUCCACAGGGGAAUUCUAAGGGAGACUUGUAAAGGAGAUGGUAUGAAGGAAGACCAGUACUGAAUAGCACACAGCUGUUAUGUUUUACAGUAUAUGGUCCAGUGUUAUGCUGCUCUUUUUGUAUACAUUAUGUAUGCAUUUGCAUAGAAGUACAAUGUUUACAUUGAUUACAAAAUCCAUUCUAGGUGUGAGCUAAAAAAGCAUUGAGCGUCAUGGAAAUGUAUUCUAACUACAAUGAGAUAUUUGUACAGACUGUUAAAAAUGUCAGAUAUGGGGAAAAAAAAUAUAUAUUGUGUAUAGUCUUAAGUAGAUAGAAACUGAAGAAUAUACUGUAUGAGGGAUCUAUCAAGACCAUUAAUGUAAUAUGUUAGUAGAAUGACAGAACAUUAGACUGUUAUUUAUAUAUAGUUUCAUGAUGUCAGUGUGCCAGUUUGAUUUGGUAAAAAGGAUCCAAGAACUAAAUGGCAAUCCUGCCCUACAGUUUCCUCUUCCAUCACUGUAUAUCCAUAUGUAUAGUCAAGUAAUGUGUGCAAAAAUACUUCUACCUACACUUCAAAUAACCCUUUACUAGUUCCUUUAUACAGCAGUUCAUUUUCCAGACAGUGUUUUAUGAAUGAAGGGUUAACACAA